GAGACAAUCUUUGUGCAUUCCCGCGUUUCGGUUAGCAGGCAGAGUCGCUCCGGCAGCUCUGUCCGUAGAUUUUCCUUUGGAUAGCAGCAGAACGGCAGGGAAUGGGUUAAGGAGCGGGGGUCUGGAUUCCUCCUCUCCUGAUCGCCAUGACGAACAAAUGAACUCUCGGGGAAUGAAAUUUAAAUUCCACAAAGGAGAAAAAGUUCUCUGCUUUGAACCGGACCCGUCCAAGGCCAAAGUGCUGUAUGAUGCAAAGGUGGUGGAUAUUAUAGUGGGAAAGGAUGAGAAGGGGAAGCGGAUCCCCAAAUAUCUGAUUCACUUCAACGGCUGGAACCGAAGCUGGGAUCGCUGGGCUGCAGAGGAUCAUGUGCUCCGAGAUUCCGAGGACAACCGCAAGCUGCAGCGUAAACUGGCUCGGAAAGCUCUGGCUCGCAUGAGGAGAAAAGGAUGGAGGAAGCGACGUUGUCGUUUGCCAGGUGUUAACUCUGUGCUAAAAAGCUUACCCGAAGACGAAAAGGAGGAGAGCGAUGAUCCUUUGAUUUCAUCAUCUGAAGACGGUGACGAGGACAAUUCAGACCCAGAGACUUUAAAAAGCGAGAGCGAGUCGUCUGAGGAUUUGGAUGAAAUGAAAGAAGAGCAGGAGGCCCACACAAAAAGGGAGAGUGAGGAGAAGAGCAUCACAAUCAACAUCGACAUCCCUGAUGUGCUGAAGAAGAAGCUGGAGGAUGAUUGCUACUACAUCAACAAGAGAAAAAAGCUGGUGAAGCUGCCAUGCCAGAUGAACAUAGUGAACAUCCUCGAGUCGUACGUGAAGCACUUCACUAUAAACGCUGCUUUUUCUGCCAAUGAGCGCUUUCGGCAUCCUCAGAGCUCCACGCAGUCCAACAUGAGCCCGCACUAUGUACCACCUGAGAAAAACGAGGAGCUCUGUAAGGAAAUGGUGGACGGCUUGAGGAUCACCUUCGACUUCACCUUACCCAUGAUCCUGCUGUAUCCCAACGAGCAGGCCCAGUUCAAGAAGGUCAGCUCGUCCAAGUUCUUCCAGCCAAUCGGAGACGGUGCAGGAUGCUCCACGAGGUCUCUCGGUGAACGCUCUCCAAGUCCAAGCCUGAACCCGUCCACUCCUCAGUCUACAGAUGGCCACUCCACUCACAACGAGUCCUGUAUCUCGCCCGUUAUCACAGCAACUACACCCAAACGUCGCCGCUGCACUAAUCCUGAUUCAGACAACACGCACUCUCUGAGACGCUCCACACGCAACACCUCUGGGGGAGAGAGGAGUGCCGAGGGAGGAGGAGGAGGCAGCAGUAACACCUCACCGCAACCCAAACGCAAACUUGCUGAAGUCCCGACUCCACUGCCCAAGUUCUUCCUCAACCUGGAGAAAAGAACACCCGUCCACAGUGGCUCGUCCUCUCCGCUACCCCUCACACCGAGUAAAGACGGCAGCGGUGUGUUCUCGGGGCUCGAGAGUCGCCGUAACAACGAACUGAAUGAGGUGCUGAGUUGGCGUCUGACGCCUGAUAACUACCCCCUGAGCGAUCAGCCUCCUCCUCCAUCCUACCUGUACGGCUCGCAGCAUCUCCUCCGCCUGUUCGUGAAGCUUCCGGAGAUCCUCGGGAAGAUGCAUAUGCCUGAGAAGAACUUGAGGGCCUUGGUGAAGCACUUGGAGCUUUUUCUCAGGUUUUUGGCUGAGUUUCAUGAAGACUUCUUUCCAGAGUCUGCGUACGUGUCUGCCACUGAAGCGCAUUACUGUAUGAAGCAGCCGAGGCCCGUCUGCUGAGACUGAACUCGUCACUUCGCCUCUGUCCUUCAUGGCUUCUGAGAUCCUUUCACUGUUUGUGACUCGAGCCUGGAGCUUGCUUUGUCCAAUUUUCCUCUCUCUAAACUGAUCUUUCGGACAUGGAGACUCCAGAAAGGCUGUCUUCAUGCCAUGUUUCAGCUUGCUGCUUGUGUGGAUAGAUGGAAGACGCUACCUGUUUUUCCUUUUGCUCAAACCAAAUGCUUGACUUUCCCUUCUCCAGACCUCUGCACUGCAGUCCCUCUUCAAGCUUCUCGCUUUUCCUUCUCUCUUUGCAGCUCAAGCAACCAGAACGACUGUAUUUGGACUUGUGUGAACGAUGGAAUUGGUCAGUUUGUGACUUUGUUUCUUCCUACAAGUUGGGAUUGUUAUUAAUGAACGCAAAGGCAAUUUUUUUUUUAUUAUUUUUUUAUUGCUCGCUCUCGAUGCUGUAGCAGUUCCUAGCGUAGAAUUUCCCCAAAAAAGUUACCUUUUUAGCAGGAGAUUGAUGGUUUAUGCCUUUGAUUUAACUGUGUGAACAAUGUACUUGCUAGAUUAGCCUGUGUUUUGUUUUUUUGGAUGCACAUUGAUAACCAAAACGCAACAAUAAGCUUGCCAUCGUUACAUUUUUAUCGACACGUGGUUGUCUAUUGAAAUCGAAUUGCUCUGUAUUGUGUAAUACUAGCAACCGUUCAACCCAAUGAAUAGAUGUUACUGAAUGAAAAUAAAUGCUGUUAAACACCGUGUUUAGAAUUAAGAUUUUGUUUUAGCCUAGAUUACCUCAAAAUUCAGCCAACCUCGUUAACAUCUGAAUCGGAGAGAAAGAACUCAGGCGCCUCAGUUGCUGGCUUUAGGGCAUUCUACGCCAUAGUUCGAAGGAAUAUGAUCUUAAAUUGCAAAAGGACUGAACUGGGCACAUGUACUCCGUACAUCUAAUUCCUUAAACACCGAAGCACAAAAUCUCAUCUUUGGUCUGCUUUCUUUCUGAAGUCCUUACCUUAUAUUUAUAAAGCCUCUCAGAGUAAGAGCACUGAUUGAGGAUGAAACAUGAAAAUGAUCCUUUUCCUCCUCAGAGCCUUUAUAAAUAUGAUGAGAUAUGAUAUGGUCUUGUGUUAUGCUGUUCUCAAAGAGCAAAUCCACAUGCCAGUUAAGUUCCUAUUUAUUAAUAUAAAUCCAUGACUUGAACAUGAAGUGAACAUUUUUUUUUAUUUUGUAUAUUUCACAAUUUGUCCAAUGUACAUAGUUUUCACGCUCUGUUGUGCAUUUCUUGCCUCCUUGUAUAAUAAACCUCUGCAGAAUCA